GGUGGGUGGCCCGUGCAGGGGACGGUUGGGUUCUUGUCGUUGAUUUGAUUCCCGUGGGAGGGCGGAGCCGAGCCCGACACGACACGUCACGUCACGUCACGACACGACGCGACACGACGAUUGAGCGAGUGUGCAAGCCUUUACACCUGGAGUGAGUGCCGUGAGACAGUGCUUCAGCUCCGGGUCCAGCACGGUUCGUUCUCCUGCGCGCACACGCUGCAGAAGGAGUGGCAAUCGCUGUUGUUCUAUCCUCCCUGCCCUCUCUUUUAAAUUGUAAGAUUUCGUGGCUGAAUGAAUACAGCGCCGAGCUUCUCCCACCUUCUGUGAGCCGCCCAAGACUCUGUUCCGAGGGCAGAUAUUAAGGCAGAAUAGGUUGGAAUCCAGAAGAAGCCUAUAUAUUCUUCAUUUCAAACUACAUUUUCUGUGGCUUUUUCAUCUGCACUGUCAGGGCACAAAUGACAAAUUUUCACUGACAAGUUGGCGUCGACAAGUUCACUAUUAAGCUUGUGCAAAGAGAACAUUGAAAAUAACUGGCCUGCAGAUAUCCUGACGUUCGUGCGUGAGCAUUUGCAGAGGGAAUCAUGCCGGCAUUAUCAACGGGCUCUGGAAAUGAUUCAGGUCUGUAUGAAUUGUUGGCUUCCUUGCCAGCCCAGCUGCAGCCUCAUGUGAACAGCCAGGAAGAUCUGACCUUCCUACGGGAUAUGUUUGGUGAAAAAAGCCUUCAUUCAUUAGUGAAGAUCCAUGAAAAACUUCAGCAUUAUGAAAGGCAAAGCCCGUCACCCGUUCUUCAGAAUGCAGCCACUUUGGCAGACGAUCUCACUGAGGAUCUGCACAACACACCAAUGAACAUUGAGAUAAGAGAACUGUUGAAACUUCUGUCACAGCCACAUCUCAAGGCUUUACUGUCUGUUCACGACACAGUGGCUAUGAAGAAUUAUGAUCCCGUAUUGCCUCCAAUGCCAGAUGAUUUUGACGAUGAUGAAGAUUCAGUGAAAAUUAUUCGACUUGUCAAAAACAAAGAGCCUCUGGGAGCAACAAUAAGAAGAGAUGAACAAAGUGGUGCCAUUGUUGUGGCAAGAAUAAUGAGAGGAGGAGCUGCAGACAGAAGUGGUCUAAUCCAUAUUGGGGACGAACUGAGAGAAGUUAAUGGAAUUGCAGUUGAAGAUAAAAGGCCUGAGGAAGUAAUUCAGAUAUUGGCUCAGUCACAAGGAGCAAUAACUUUUAAAAUAAUUCCUGGAAUUAAAGAGGAGUCCCCAACUAAAGAACGUAAGAUGUUUGUCAGGACUUUAUUUGAUUAUGACCCUAAUGAGGAUAAAGUUAUUCCAUGCAAAGAAGCUGGGCUUUCUUUCAAGAACGGAGAUAUUCUUCAGAUCGUUAGCCAGGAUGAUGCAACCUGGUGGCAGGCCAAGCAAGAGUGUGAUGCCAAUCUGAGAGCAGCACUGAUCCCAUCAAAGCAGUUCCAAGAGAGGAGAUUUGCACUUCGAAGACCUGUGGCAUUUGUUCAGCCACAAAGGAAUUCCAAUAGACGAUCAUAUGAGGAAACUAUUGAGAUUGAGGAAAUUGAAGAAGAUGCUGAAUAUGGUGACCUUUUCAGUGGACUCUAUAUAGCUGGUCUCCGAAGAAGUUUUCGGUUGAGCAGAAAAACGAAUAAAUCUAUGUAUGAAAGUAAAAGGAGUGAACAGUAUGACACAGCAGACGUUCCAACAUAUGAAGAAGUUGUUUCUUAUCAGCAUCAUCCAAAUGAAAAAUAUCGGCUGAUAAUUCUUGUUGGUCCUUCAGGAAUUGGACUGAACGAGCUUAAACGGAAACUGUUAAUUUGUGAUUCCCAACAUUACGGUGUGACAGUUCCACAUACAACAAGGCCAAAGAGAAGCCAGGAAACUGACGGAGUGGAAUAUAAUUUUAUUUCCAAGCACUUGUUUGAGACAGAUGUACAAAAUAAUAAGUUUAUUGAAUACGGGGAAUACAGAGGGAACUUAUAUGGAACAAAUAUAGAUUCUGUUCGAUUUGUCUUGGCCAAAAAUAAAGUCUGCUUGUUGGAUGUACAAUGUCAAACAAUAAAACAUCUGAGGACAUUGGAAUUUAAACCAUAUGUGAUAUUCAUCAAGCCACCAUCGUUUGAACGCCUCAGAGAAACCAGGAAGAAUGCGAAAAUCAUUUCAUGCAAAGAUGACAAAGGCCCUGUCAAACCAUUCACGGAUGAUGACUUUCAAGAAAUGAUCAAAUGUGCAGAGAUGAUGGAAGCACAGAAUUCACACCUCUUUGACAACAUUUUAGUUAAUGAUGAUCUUUCAGUUGCCUAUAAAGAGCUGAAAGCAAUCUUGGAUGAUCUGGAGACAAAACCUUUCUGGAUUCCAGUCAACUGGCUACAUUCAUAAAGUCAUGAUGUGGAAUAAUGAUAAUGGACAUUGAAUGGAAGCCUCGUAAUAUUGAAUGCCGUUUCCAAGCAGUUGGUGGUGCUUUGAAGUAAAACAUUUGCCACUUUUUUUUUGCACUUUUAAUGUCCAAUAGCAAACCAUGUUACUUUUGCUAAUCAUGAGCUUUCAUCUACCUGAAAUGAGCAGUGCUAAAAUGUUUUCACUACUUGGGGAAUAAAUGUAGACACUUUCUGAUUUUACUACUGAUGUAGAUUGUGACCUUUGAGGUGACGGGUUUUAUUUUUUAAAACACUGAAAUAUGUGUAUUUUAGUAAAUUAUGGGUGAUAUUUGUUUUAAGUCAAAGAAUGUAUAGUUUAGGUCGCUGAUGAAGAAAAUGCAAUAUAUCCAACCAGAGAGCAUUGAUAGUUCUGUUUUAGCAUGUCAGCAGAACUAGAAGAAUUGUUGUGUGUCUUGUAUAAUAAAAUGAAAAGUAGUGAAAUACCAAAUAAGAGAAUUAUUUGGAAAAUUUGGUGUUUGACCAUGUUGACAUAUUUCAAAAGGUGUUGGUUAUUAAUGCAUAUACAAAAUCUGGUAUUAAAUCAUGCUCAACAUUCCAUUUAAAUUCACCUCACUAAUGUGCUGAUAAUGCCACCAGCAGUGCUCUGUAAAUGUAUUUUGUUGGGUGAGAUGCUUAUUGUUUGUAAAUUAGGGUUUUAUUAUGACAGGAUUCUCAGAUAAAAUAGAUGUAUUUCCUUGUCUUUUAAUUUUUUUUUAACUAUUCUCCCAGAUUAAUAAAUUACCCAAUUUUAUUUCCGUGUGGUGUUUUUAAUGAGAUAAAUGGUUAAUCUUUCAGAUAUGCCAAGCAGCUCUAUAAAAAUGUUACUCAGUUGUAAUGUGCAAUUUUAAGUGAACUUGAUGUACUGCAAUAUGUACAGAUAUUAAAAUCUUGUAUUAUCUUUAUCAGA